UGGUGUGACGUGUGGUGUGUGUGUGUACCGUCCUGUGAUUCUCAAAAUUAAAAUAAAAUUUGAUCAAUCAAUCUAUAAAAUUAAACUCUCAGUUACAAAAGUUGUAACUUUAGAAUAUAAUCUUGGAGUGUUGCAAUAUCCAGUCCUGUGGGUGACGAACAGUGAAUAAACUUAGUGCAAGCGUUUAUCUCUAAAUAAGGUUAACUGUUCCAGUGUUAACUAUUGUCAAAAAUGGGUGUCCCAAAAUUUUUCCGUUAUACCAGUGAAAGGUAUCCUUGUCUCAAUGAGCUGGUAAAACAGUAUCAGAUUCCAGAUUUUGAUAACAUGUAUUUAGACAUGAAUGGAAUCAUUCACAAUUGCUCGCAUCCUGAUGACUCCAACCCACAUUUUCGUAUCACUGAAGAGAAGAUAUUCACUGAUGUCUUCCAUUAUAUUAGUAUUUUAUUUCAAAUUGUCAAGCCAAAAAAAUUAUUUUUCAUGGCUAUUGAUGGAGUUGCACCUAGAGCGAAGAUGAACCAGCAGAGAGGCAGAAGGUUCCGGUCUGCUAGAGAGGCAGAAAAUUUAGAAGCAGAGGCUAAAGCAAAAGGGGAAGUUCUGCCUACGGAGAAGAGAUUCGACAGUAAUUGCAUCACCCCAGGAACUGUCUUCAUGGCACGCCUACAUGAACAACUCAAAUAUUUCGUAAAGCAUAAAAUGUCCACAGAUCCACUCUGGUCCAAAGUUAAGGUCAUACUCUCUGGACAUGAGACCCCCGGCGAAGGGGAGCAUAAAAUAAUGGACUAUAUUAGAUGGGCACGCUCACAGCCCGAUUAUGAUCCUAAUACAAGACAUUGCCUGUAUGGUCUUGAUGCAGAUCUCAUAAUGCUAGGAAUGUGCACGCAUGAACCACAUUUUGCACUUUUGAGAGAAGAGGUUAAAUUUGGUCGAACAACCCAAAGGGCGACAACCCCAGAAGAGACGAACUUCUAUUUACUACAUUUAUCUCUGUUGAGAGAAUAUUUGGAACAAGAGUUUAUCGCGAUAAAGGACAAGUUGCCGUUCCCUUAUGAUAUAGAGAAGAUUGUUGAUGACUGGGUGCUCAUGGGAUUCUUAGUGGGAAAUGAUUUUAUACCUAAUUUACCAAACAUGCACGUCAAUAACGAUGCACUCCCACUACUGUAUAAUACUUACAUGACCGUGCUGCCUAAGUUAGAUGGCUACAUAAACGAAGCUGGUGAUCUGAACUUGGAAAGAUUCGAGAUAUUUAUGCAAGAACUUUCUAAGAUAGACAAAGAAAAAUUUCAGGACACCUACACCGACUUAAAGUACUUCGAAGAGAAAACGGGACGACGACCUAACGCUAAUGAAAGGAGAGAGUACAAAGCUAAUAACAAUGACACGUUCAACGUAGAUGUAAACGAAAUAAAAGGAAACCAUUUGGACAAUGAUCUGCAAGCACUCAUAAAUGCUACAGACAACAUGUUUAUGAAUGAUUUGGAAGAUGGUGAAGAAGAAUACGAGGAAACGAGCGAUGAGGAAGCCAACAUGGAAAUGGAAUUUAUUUUGCAUAAAAAAGAUUAUUAUAUGAAUAAGUUGGACUAUUCGAAAGUUACAGACGAAGUGCUGGCGGACCAGGCCGAGGGCUACGUGCGAGCCAUCCAGUGGAACCUGUACUACUACUACAAGGGCUGCCCCUCGUGGUGCUGGUUCUAUCCGCACCACUACGCCCCCUACAUAUCCGACAUUAAGGGAUUCAAAGAUCUGAAGAUCGAAUUCGAGCUCGGGGAACCGUUCAAGCCCUUCGAACAGCUGUUAGCAGUGCUUCCGGCCGCCAGUAAGCAUCUACUGCCGACCCCGUUUCACGAUUUAAUGACUGAUGAAGAUUCGCCGAUAGUACAUUACUAUCCCGUGCAUUUCGAUACCGACCUCAACGGGAAAAUCAACGAUUGGGAGGCAGUCGUACUCAUACCGUUCAUAGAUGAGACUAAUUUACUGUCAGCGAUGGCGCCGUGCUACCAGCGGCUGACGGACGAAGAAAUUAAAAGGAACCAGCCCGGACCGAUGCUGGUCUACAGCUGGAGCUCUACUAGUCUAGGUGUCGUCGACGCUCCUCAGUACUUCCCAUCGAUCAAGGAGUGUCACGCGUUCGAGAAACGAGUGUGGAGGAAUGAACUGGACGUGCCCGAGGAGCAGCUGAAGAAGGGAAUGUUGCCCAACGCACGUCGGGACAUGCUGUUCCCGGGCUUCCCCACCAUGAGACAUCUCAAAUAUAAGUCGAGUCAUAAAAUGGCAAAAGUGAAAGUUUUUGACCUGCCAGCCCGAAAUAGUAGCGUAAUUAUUGAACUGAUCCGAGAUAAAGAUGAGGAUUCCCUGGAGAGGGUGGCGAACGAGCUGCUCGGUAAAGCUAUAUGGGUUGGGUGGCCGCACCUCACGAGAGCUAAAGUUAUCUCAGUGUCAAAUGAGAAGACGCGCCUGCAUUACGUCGACAAGCAGAACAAUAAUGUGAACGGCACGCCGCUAUACACCACGGUGCAGAACAGCGGUAACUUACACAAACAAUGGCUCGGAGAGAGGAACACUAUUAUUGAACACAACAUGAACAGACUCGGCAUAGAAUUGGGCGAUGUCAAUAUUAUAGUGCACGCCGUUAAUUUGAAAGGUUACAAGUAUAUCGUCCAAGACAACUGCCAGAUGGUGUACGAGCCGGAAUGGUGCGAGGUGCCGUGCGGGUACGCCUACCAGGCCGUGGUGAAGGACGUGAGCGCGCACGUGGUGCAGGAGGUCAACAGGUUCAGCACGCUGCAGGAGGCCUACCCUCCCGGGGACACUGUGUUCCUGUUAACGCCCGGACAGUACUACGGGUGUCUGGCUACUGUGGUGGAGUCUGCGCAGGUCCGCAGCGGGCGCAUCAAGGUGUCGGUGUGCGAGAGCGUGGAGCCCACGCCCGUCGCCGCGCCCGCGCCCCCCUACAAGAGCUGCCAGCACGCCGCGGCCGCGUGCGGUGUCACUAAUCAGAUGCUGUCGUGCAUCACGGGAUGCGUGUUCGUCGUGGAAGGGACCCGCGACGGACGGUCAACAGACAAACUCAAGAAAAUUAAUAUCGGCCUCAAUUUAAAGUUUAAUAAAAAGAAUCAGGAAGUGGCCGGGUAUACGCGGCGCUGCGCGGUGACGGGCGCGUGGCAGUACUCGGAACGCUGCGUGCAGCUCGUCAAAGAUUACGCCCAGAAUUUCCCGGAACUGUUCGACAAACUCGCGUCGUCGUCGAUAAGAGACGUUUUCUUUGAGAGCGAUCUGUGGCCUGGAGAAGUUGGAGAGAAGAAAUACCAGGACGUAUUACAGUGGAUCAAAAACCAGCCUUUCCGUCGCGCGCUUCGAAGGGAUUGUGGUUCCGAGGCCUUAGAACCUGAAGAGAUGAAGGCCCUGGCUGAUAACAUCGACAAGCAGCUGGAGAUACUCAAUGCCAAUGAGAGGAAAAUCACGAUGCAGGUCAAGUGGAAUCUGCUUUAUAAGGCGGAGUUGCACACGGGCGAGGUGUCGCCUGACCGCGCGGCGGACUACCGGCUGUACGACCGCGUGGUGUGCGUGGCGCGCGGGCUGUGCGUGCCGGCGGGCGCGCGCGGCACCGUGGCGGCGCUGCUCCCCCCGCCCCCCGCCACCUCCGUGCGCCUCUCCGACCGCCUCAACGCCGCGCACACCUACCUCGUGAUCUUCGACCGGCCCUUCGCGGGUGCCCUGCACGACGACUGCUUCGAGGAGAACAGGCUCUACAGAAUGCGACCGAAUCAGCUACUGAACAUAUCGUACGGUCGGAAGAUACGUCAGGACGUGCGGACGGAGCAAGCCCUGGAGCCCUUCAGCUACUUCCGGCCGGUCAGCCUGCUGCGGAAAGACGACGGACAUCACUCCGCUUUUGCGAGCUACAGUCCUCCGGCGGAUAAGAGUAAUGGUGUCGAGAUGAAUUCGCCACCGCAGGAUAAAGCAACACAUCUACUGCGUAACUUGUUGAGGAUCAGCGAAGAUAACCCGAAGGCUAAUAACAAUCUCCCGAGUGAAUCUAACCAGAGCUGGCGAAUCAAGCCGGACGUCACUCCGCCGGCCCUCCCGCAGCCCCCCAGAGUGCAGCCCCACGGGUGGCGCAAGGACGCUUCCAGCGGCGGCCGCCCGGGCCCCGCGCCGCCCAACAACUGGACCAAUAACAUCGGGCAUAACAAUUUUAAGAAUCCACCGCCGUUUCCACCGGUCCCGACCUUCAACCAGCCUUUCCCUGGCCCCUCUCAAAUCCCACUCCAGAGUCCACUGCAGUCCCGCCAGUAUUUCAACGUCCAACAACAGCGGCCCUACCAACAAAACUUUCCCCAACAUUUGCCCAACGUUUCGGCCAACAAUUCUACUGCCGCAUUGCCAACCCAGCGGUCUCAUACGGUACCCGUUGGCCCUAUACCACAAAAUAUGAAAUCGGAUAUAACCAAUCAAAAAUCUGGGAUGCAUCCCAAUCCGCCGCGGACCGGCGAUAAGGUUGUGAAUCCAUUCGUGCCUCUACAAGUACAAACCAGCCAGAGAAGAGCGAGUCAACCAAGCUCGUCCCAGAGAGAUGCUAACGAACUGGUGACGCCGAAGGCUCACGUCGCGACGCAGCAGCAGCGCGCGGGCGCGGCGGCGAAUCAACAGAACUCUAGUGCAGACGUGAAGCCGCAAAAGAAGAGGAAACAAAGGAUAGCAGCCAACCUCCCAUUUCAAGAAGAGUAACGAUCGCAGAUCAUUCGAAUAGCAAAUGUACUCGAUAAUCUGUAGUCUGUGUAAUGCAUUCAUUUUUUUUUUAUUGCUCUAGAUGAAUAAACGAGUUCGCAACUCAACCGAUGUUAAGUGGUUAACGGAACCCGUAGACAUACAGUGAAAGUGUUCUUUUCCUACCCACAUACCAGUGUAGGUAGUAGUAGUAUUAGUAUUAGUAAAAGUAGCCUAAAGGCUGUUUGAACUACUCGCGGAUCGAUACGUGAGCUCACGGGCUCGACCUAAGGGAAUUUUCUAAUACUAGCCCUAACAAGAGCAGUGCUUCGCUGAAUCUACCGAAUGAUCGGAAUUGCGACCCACUGAGAAAAUCUAAGGCUAGUUCGCACGUCGACCUCUUCGAUGCCAACGGUGACCAAUGCUUGAAGAGCCUAAACCCACCAGUGCUCGUUGCUUAUCGGCUGUGUCAUUGUUACAAGCGGAGCGGAAAUUGUGGUCCAGGACCCGCUUACAGCACGCCCCCAUCACUAGAUAUCGACAAAAUAUGAAAGGCUAUUUGGUUUAAGCGAAAUUUUUGCUUACUUUACAGGAGAGCCAUAUAAAAUAAAAAAUAUUAAGUAUAAAGUAA